AUGGCUGAUAUCCGCGACGAGGAAGACGGCACCUUCUGCGCAGUGAGCUGCUGCGCGCCCCUCAAGGAGCUCAGGCGGCCUGUCGACGUCGACGACCUGUUUGACUCGGGCUAUUACUACGACUCCAGUCCAGGCGGCGGCUCGUCCUCGUCAGCCUCCUUCUUCGCGUGGCCCUUCCUGGGCCCCUUGCUCUUCGAGAACCAGACCUCGGACGCCCGCGACCACUGCGCCAACGAGCGCACCUUCCUCAGCUACCUGCGCCUGUCCGUCUACAUGGCCGUCGUCGCCGUCGCCAUCGUCCUGUCCUUCCACCUCAAGACCAGGCCCUCGCCCGCCGAACUGCGCAUGGCGAAGCCCCUCGGGCUCGUUUUCUGGGGCCUGAGCGUCGCCUGCCUGCUCGUCGGGCUGGGGAAUUAUAUACAAACGGUGAAUAAGUACAGCCGGAAAGCUGCGAUAGUACAGAGUGGUAUCAAAACACAGCUGACCAUGGGUAUCGUGUCCCUAAGCAUCAUCGCCACCUGUGUAACGCUGCUGGUCGUGAACAAGAUGAGCCAGGAAUUAGGCAGCAGCUAG